CGCCUGGCGGAGCUGUACGUGGCCCCAGUCGCGACAACCGUCAGCUAGUUACACUGGUUUUCGAUCCCCCUUGAAUCGAAUCCUCAGCUCAAUCCCCAGUUCUCACCCCUUUCCUUGAUCUUGCUUCUUCUUUCCUUGCAUCUUUCCCUUCUAUUUGCAUUUCUUCCACCUCUUCAAUCGCGCCUUCCCAGCGUUUGUAUGGAGCAAGAAGUCUAACUAUCGACUUCCCCGCGACGCCUUUGGAAGCUGCGAAGACCUUCCGCAAUUAUCCACUUCUAAUACAACCUUUUGUCCUUUCAACCAUCCACCAUGGCCAAUCGAGCCGCCAAAUCUCCUGCUCGCCAGCCAAACACAAAGGCUGUCUCCAAGCCAAAGUCCUUCGCCUCUGAGGGUGUUGACAACUACGAUGUCACGACGCUCAAGUCCGAAGAUUGGUUGACCUGCAGUGCCCUCACUGUUGUCGCCCUCUUCGUUCGCUUGUUCCGCAUUUCUCAGCCCACCAGUGUCGUCUUCGAUGAGGUCCACUUCGGUGGCUUCGCUUCCAAGUACAUCAAGGGCAAGUUCUUCAUGGAUGUCCACCCUCCAUUGGCCAAGCUCCUCAUCACCCUCGCUGGCUACCUGGCCGGCUUCGACGGCGAGUUCGACUUCAAAGACAUCGGCAAGGACUACAUCGAGCCCGCCGUCCCAUACGUUUCCAUGCGCCUUCUCCCUGCCCUCAUGGGUGUCCUUACAAUCCCCAUCAUGUUCUUGACCCUCAAGGCUUCAGGAUGCAAAACCACAACUGCCGCCAUGGGCGCCGGCUUGAUCCUCUUCGAGAACGGUCUAGUCACGCAGUCUAGACUGAUCCUGCUCGACUCUCCCUUGGUCAUCUUCACCGCUUUGACCGUGCUCGGCUGGACCUCUUUCACCAACCAGCACGAGCAGGGCCCUUCGAAGGCUUUCACCCCUACUUGGUGGUUUUGGCUGGCUUUCAGCGGUGUUGCUCUUGGAGCUACCGUCAGUGUCAAGUGGGUCGGCCUUUUCACCAUCGCCUGGAUCGGCAGUUUGACCCUCCUCCAACUCUGGGUCCUCCUGGGCGAUACCAAGACAAUCACUCCUCGUCUGUGGUUCAAGCACUUCUUCGCCCGUUUCUUCUGCCUGGUCGUCAUCCCUGUUUCAUUCUACAUGAGCAUGUUCGCCAUCCACUUCCUCUGUCUCGUCAACCCUGGUGAUGGCGACGGUUUCAUGUCAUCCGAGUUCCAGUCCACCCUCAACAGCAAGGGUAUGCAGGAUGUCCCAGCUGAUGUCGCCUUCGGCAGCCGUGUCUCAAUCCGUCACCACAACACUCAGGGAGGCUACCUGCACUCGCACACCCACAUGUACCCCACUGGAAGCAAGCAGCAGCAAAUCACUCUCUACCCCCACAAGGACGAGAACAAUGUUUGGCUCCUUGAGAACCAGACUCAGCCCGUCGACUUUGAUGGCAACGAUAUCCUCACUCCCUUUGCAUGGGACAACAUCGAGCCUACUCUGAUCGAGGAUGGCGCUGUCCUCAAGCUCUACCACGUCAUCACUGACCGCCGCGUCCACUCUCACGACCACCGUCCCCCAGUCACAGACGCCGAUUGGCAAAACGAGGUUUCUGCAUACGGCUACGAAGGAUUCGAGGGCGAUGCCAACGAUCUUUUCAAGGUUGAGAUCGUCAAGCACUUGUCAGAUGGCGAAGCCGCCAAGAGCCGUGUCCGUACCAUCGAGACCAAGUUCAAGCUCGUCCACAUCAUGACUGGCUGUGUGUUGUUCUCGCACAAGGUCAAGCUUCCCGAUUGGGGUUUCGAGCAGCAAGAGGUUACCUGCGCCAAGGGCGGUACUUUGCCCAACAGCAUCUGGUACAUCGAAAGCAACGAGCACCCUCAACUCAAGGAAGACGCAGAGAAGGUCAAUUACCGCAACCCAGGUUUUUUCGGCAAGUUCUGGGAACUUCAGAAGGUCAUGUGGACCACCAAUGCUGGACUCGUCGAGUCUCACGCCUGGGACUCUCGCCCACAGUCGUGGCCCAUCCUACGCCGUGGUAUCAACUUCUGGGGCAAGGACCACCGUCAAAUCUACCUGAUCGGUAACCCUCUCAUUUGGUGGACUUCGACCGUCUCGGUUGUUGUGUACCUGGCAUUCAAGGCACUGGCUGUCUUGAGAUGGCAGCGUGGAUUCAAGGACUACAACAACGUGCCCUUCAAGCGCUUCGACUACGAGGUCGGCACCAGCGUUCUGGGCUGGGCUCUCCACUGGCUUCCUUUCUUCCUCAUGCAGAGACAACUCUUCCUGCACCACUACUUCCCUGCUCUUUACUUCGCAAUCAUCGCCCUCUCUCAGACUUACGACUUCAUUACUGCACGCGUUUCUGCUCUUGGUCUUCGUCAACGUCCUGUCAUUGGAACCGCUGGUGCAGCCAUCUUCCUGGCGCUCAGCAUCAGCAUCUUCUACAUGUACUCUCCCGUCGCAUACGGAAAUGCCUGGACCAAGGCAGACUGCAGCAAGGCCAAGUUGUUCGACACCUGGGAUUGGGACUGCAACAACUUCUACGACAGCUACUCGGAGUACAAGACGUACGACAGAUCGAUCCAAGCCGCACAGUCAACAGCGGCAGCAUCUCCCGCUGUACAGUUCUCCCACGAAGAGGUGCCCGAGGCGCAGGUAACCAACCGCGUAGACGGCGAAGAGAAGAUUGAAUACCGUGACGAGGCCGGCAACCUUCUGAACGAAGAACAGGUCAAGGAGCUCGAGGGCAAAGUCUCGUUCUCUACACGCUACGAGACGCGUACCAGACUGGUAGAUGCCAACGGCAACGAAAUUCACGACGGUCGCGCACCCGCAGAAGAGGAGAGCUUCGCAGGAACAAUUGCUGAAGGCUCCAACCAAGAAACUGGUGGAGUCGCCCAGGAAGCUGCGAACGACCAGCCUGCCAGCGUUAAUGUCAACGACGACAUCGAGAAGGAGAAGAGUGUCGAGGCAAGCACAGUAUUUGCAGAGCCAGAGAGCGAUGCUGGCACAGCUACAGGCAGAGACGAGCUGUAAUGGCGAAGUCCAGUCGUAGGAAAUGUCGGGAAAACAUCAGGCAACGCAAUCAUACUAGAAAAUUACAAGUGGUAGCAGCUUUAGGAAUACUAGCGAUAUCCAGUC